AUAUAUAUAUAUAUAUCUCAUCCAGUCACAAUGGUCAAUCCUAACAACAUAUACACGCAGGCAAUCCAGCGUUUACAGGACUUUAGGAAAAUGUAUGAUUACGAGAGCCGCCUUCGUACGUUUGCAGACUGGCCUUUUACUGAAAACUGCAAGUGUACUCCUGAGAAUAUGGCCAAGGCUGGGUUUGUACACUGCCCGACAGAAAAUGAACCAGACAUAGCUUGCUGUUUCUUCUGCUUAAAGGAGUUGGAGGGCUGGGAGCCGGAUGAUGACCCAAAGAUAGAACAUUCUAAACGUUCUGCUGAUUGUGGCUUCCUGGCUCUCUCAAAAAGCAUCACAAAUCUAUCAAUGGAAGCCUUUAUUCGUUUGGAGGUUGAGAGGAUCAAGUGUUUCUAUCGCAAGUUCUAUACCAUUGUCAUGCACAAUAUGGAAGAAGAAAUGACUGCUACUACUAAAAGCCUUCUAGAACACUUCUCCAAGCAGCAUGGCUGUUCCAUAGAUCUGGAGCCAGAGAUUUGA